UGUGCAGUUUACAUUGAUAAUUAACAGUUCGUUCGUUCAUAAUGUGGGGUCAGAGUCAGGUCGGGCGUUGUGCUUCAACUGCACUAUCGUUGAGCUGCAUUUUACUUUCGAUUGGUAAUUAUUGCCUGGUGGAAAGUGCAACUGUACCGGAAAAGGAUUUAGCUGAGGGAAAAGAUAGUUUAGGAAAUUAUUACAAUGGUGAAAUUAAGAGGAUCACUAACUUGAAGAGGAGGACUCCAAGGCAGGAAGUUGAUCUCACUUUGGUGUCAUUUUUGCAAAAAUCUGUCAAGAAAUAUGGCGAGAAAAAGGUUGCCACCUCGAUCCACGAAUUGGCUCAGAACAGUUUGUACAAUCUUGUCUGGUAUCUCGCUGGAGAUUUGGAACCUUGGCUAAUUUACGACCUCUACAAAUUGUACAACACAGCCAGUGCGGAUUCUCGUGUUCUCUUCGUGUAUGAAAAAUUUCGAGCAGGUCAAGUGAAUAGGUCAAUUGUUCCGGAGGUGUUUGCCCUGGAUAAGAAAUACAACGAGCACACCUGGUACCGCAGAGUUAGGUCGAGGCUUCUCGAAAAUGUGGAUAAGUACAUGGCUGGCAGCUUGUUGGUGACCAACCCCCCACCGAAAAUUGAGUUUGGACCGGAUGGAAAACCAAUUAUUGAGGGACAACCAGAAACUGAGAUUGCUGCCGUGGUGGCAAAAGCGUCAACGACACGACGUCCGCCGGGAGUGGGAGAUACGACAGAUGAAGACCCGGAUGACCCGGAUAACUCUGAUUUAGAUUUGGAAGAUCUGUUUGAAAACUUUAUUGACUAGUCAUGUAUUUAAUAAAUAUGUUACAAUAAUUUACAUAGAAGUAGAUUAUAAAUAUACAAUAGAACAAUUAUGUAAGCGUCCACUAAUAAAUACCAAUGUCUGCACACCCUCUGAAA